CAAGAUCACAUGACUGUUUUUACGGCCUAGAAGCUUCGUCGUUUUGAGUGUCGCUUCGGUUAAGACAGACGUAUUUUAUAAAUUUUGAAAGGGUUGGACAGAUUCUGAAACAUGGCGUCCAUGAGAGGAUCAGCUAGACUCUUCAAAACUCUUCGCCCAGCAUUCUCACAAGGUCAGCGUCGUCUGGCGAGUACCGGAAGUGGAGCAGGCGCAAAGUCAUGGCGCCCUCUGGUUCUCGGCGCAAUGACGGCGGGAGCUGGUGCUUUCGGAGUGUACAAGUAUGCUGAAAGUAAGAGGAGUGUGAUGAAGGACCUCCAGUCCAUCGCGCCCCAGCCAGUACACGCUGCCAGCCUUCCAGAGGCUCAGCCAUCGGUAUGGUCUGGAGGAAAGAACAACGCCAUGUACCUGUGGAUUCACCUCAAACCUAAUGCAAGCACCAAAGAAGUGGCCAAGGUCGCUGCCAAGUUACAGAAGUUUGUAGACCAAGUGGUUGACCCUAAAACCAAGGAUGAAGAUGAUGAACUUCUGGCCGGUGUUGGAUUCGGACCCAACUUUUACAAACAAGCCGGAGGAAAUGUUAAACAAGACUUCACAUUCGCCCACAGGAAGGGUUCCUUGGGAGACAUGCCUAGCUCAGGUGGUGACUUGUUCUUCCACGCCAAAUGCAACACACAAAGCAAGCUUUUUGAGCUAGCUCACCUGCUGAUGAGGAACAUGCCCGCCGGAAGCGUUGACCAGGCCGAAGAUAUCUACAGUUUCGUUUACAAGAACGGCCGUGACCUGUCCGGCUUCAUCGACGGAACAGAAAACCCGGCUGAUGACGAGUCUCGCCAAAACGUGGCGGUGGAACCAAGCACUGGUGGGAGUUACGUGAUAACACAGAAGUGGAUCCAUAACUUUAAUGUGAUCGACAGUGAGAAAGACAAGAACAUGGAAGCGUGGGUUGGCAGGUCCCGACCAGACAGUAUGGAGCUGAGCAGGAAGACCGUCACCUCCCAUGUGGCCAGAAUGACAGGAGGAAAUGCUUAUAAUCAGAAGAAGAAGUUCGAGAUGGUCCGACAGUCGAUGCCUUUCGGAACAGUAACAGGCGAGGCCGGUCUCUUUUUCAUUGGAUAUUGUGCGUCUCCAGACAAUUUGAAUUUCAUGAUCGAUCGCAUGGUUGGAGCUGGAGGCGAUGGCCACAGUGAUGACAUCAUGAGGCUGACGAAGAACGUGAAAGGGACAUACUGGUACUUCCCAGGGGUGGCUGAACUCAACAAGAUGGCAUAAUUAGGGCUUUCUCAAUGAUAUUGGGGGUUUUGUGAUCAAGCAUUUUUGUUGUAAGAAUUGAGAUAUGUAACGUGGAGAGAAAGAUGUGACGAUGAUGGACUGUUUUGGUUAUAUAAAAACUGCAUUUAUAUUACACUGCUGUAUGAUGUGUUAUGCAUUAAGAAAAGAACAUGACAAAAAUUACCACUUAAAGUUUCAUUGAACAAAAUGCGGAGAGCGUCAGUUUAUCUGGAACAGCUCAACUUGUAAAACUGAAACUGCCUCUGUGAUUUAUACUCCAGAUGUUUUACUGAUCAUGUUCCGAUUUAUGGAAACAAAGCAUUUAAUACAAACAUUCAUGUGAGGUAGGUGUGGUAUAGCAAUCAGAUUUCUAUAUUAAUAUAUAUAUAUAUAUUGCAAAACAUGCAUUAUGAAAGAAAUUGUUUUUUCUUCAUGAAACAUAUAAUUAUUUGAUACAAAUUCACAAAUUCUUUAAUGCAAUUAAAGUAUUUGGGGAGUAGAUUA